AUGAUAUGCGGAGGGAAAGGACCGUGCUCCAGACUCCUGUUCUGUGAUUAUGGUUUCCCGUUUGUGUUUCCUGCAGAUCACCUGAAGGGAGAAGUGGAGAAGAGAAGGAUGCAGAGAGCAGCACUAGGUGUUUCCAGCUCCUCAGAUGAACUGAACGAGUAUGACCCGACAGAGGAUGAACUGCGAGGUCAGAUGGAAGAUGAAAAAAAGAGGUACAAAACUCUCUUCAAUCGCCUGAAGAGCCUAAAGACGGAAAUUGAACACUUGCAGCUUCUCCUAGAAAAGGCGAAAGUCAAACUUCUGAAAGACUUUGAGGACUGGUGGUCCGAGGAGGCCUCAGACUUACAGAACCAGACGGAACUAAAAUCGAGGAGCACCGCGCCAUCUACCCGGUCUCUUUCUUCCAGUGCUUCAGACAACAUAGAGUCUGUAGCCAGCAGCACAGCAAGCAGUGUGCAGCGCCCAGCAUCCAGCCACAGACCUUCCAGAGCUUCUCGGUCCACAAGCACUCCAAUCCCGCUCACAGGUGACAGCCAGACAGACGCCGACAUCCUGGCAUUUGUGAGAGCGCGGCAGAAUCUCCUGCAGAGGAAAGGCUCCGCCCACCAGUGACGGAUAGAAGCCGCGCCAACACGUGUUCAGAUGGACUGUCAAUACCAGCUCUC